AUCAAGACUCUCCUCCAAUGGAUUCAGCAGCGAGUUUAAUGUCUUCCUUACCCGAAACUUACUUUCAUUCUUGGUGCUAUCACAAUUUGAUUUUGAGUUGCCUGGUGACUUACCUCGAUCUAACAAUUGCAAUUUAACCGAAUGGUUCCAAGAAGUCAAGAGGGUGAAGGAUAUAAUAACUAAGAAUGAACUCAGCUCCUCCCCCUGGCAUAUUUUUCGGUCAAUUCUUCCCUUCACUCCAUCCUCAUCCCCACUUUUCAAGUCAUAUGGGCAUCUCUCUGAUCCCGUUCGAAUUUUCAGCAUCACUGGAGAAUCCUCUAGCCAUUCAAUCCCAUUAAGCGGGGAUACUCUUAAUGUUCAAAGGGUUAUGGAGGCGAAACUCGGCACGUUACCGAUAGAGGUUGGUAGAUUCGAGAUGGAUGAGACGAACAGGAUUGAUCACAAAGCUGAAUUUCUUGAUCCUGAUAUUCGUAAUGGUAUUGUGACCGCUGCAGCACUCUCACAAGAUGGCCGUUACAUCGCACUCGGCUUUGGAAACGGCGUUAUUGAAGUUGCUGACAUUGACCAUCAACACACCGUCGCUCAUUUUCGAUGUGACCCACCCAAUGUUCCAGCUUGGAUUGAAUUUAUCUGUGGCAGCCGCCGGAUUGUCACCGAAGAUAAUGAGGGAAACAUCACAAUCUUCAGCCAUGGUUCGCCGCCUGUGAAGGUCGGUACCCUCCCCAGUGGGCACCACCCCCCGGUUACUCUGGUUGCAGACAACGGCUCAUUCAUCAUACGAAUUCCUCGGAACAUUGACCGCAGUUGGUACGAAAACUUGGCGAUCUUAGAUGUUUCAAAUGAACCAACCAUCCACCCUCUUCCCCCUCCUCUUCCCCCUCGUUCCGCUUCUCGGGCCCUCAGGCCAGCCAUGCCUAGCCAUUGCACACUUGGACUCUCCCCCACAGGACAGUACGUCGUCGUCCAUGACGAGAAUAAUAUCUCUAUUUGGUCAACUGAGACGCACGAGUUGAUUCAUUGCGGCGAGUCUGGUUUCAUACUUCCCGUCUCCUACAACACAUACUCUCUUUCACAUCUUAUAAUCGAAACCCGAACGGAAAUCCCCUUGCACCUGGAGAAUGACAUCCCUCGUGUACAGAGCCUCGUGGCUGGGCAUGAUGCAGAUCGAUUGUGGCUAGAGCUACUAUUCUGCGAGCUCCCAUCAAGGCUCACACAGGCUGCGGAUAUGUGUCAGUCUCGUUAUAUCACCGUCCCCGACCCCAACCCCUACGACCCCGACCCUGACCCCCCCUUCGACCCCGGCAGUGUCCGCAGCCCCUACAUCCCUAGGCAAAGACGUGAGGCCAAAACACAGACGAUCUGGCUCAAUGGUAGACUCGAACUGCUUCUCCCACCAGAAUACCGCCCGAUCAUUCUUGACAAGCACCAGAUUAACGGUCAAGUAUGGUACGGGGAUCGAAUAUUGAGGAAUAAUGGCCUCUACCUUCCUUGCGCUAGCAAAGAUGGGACUCGGUUCUUGGUCCAAGGUCGUAUGCGAGCUCCGAUCGUUGUCGAUAUUAGCCAAGUUGUCUAGUUCUUUUGCGCUGCUCACUAUGAUGCUUUUUCCUUCGUUGUUUGUGUGUCGUUGUACAUGUGUAUUACUGUAUUUAUGUAAAAGUCAGGGACAGACGGGCACUGCAAUAUCAAUGAUCCUUCAUUUGACCCCAGCAAGAAGAGCUUGUUGGGCGCUCAGCUGGACAAGAUCAUAUGGAACCGUUAACCAUCAUGUUCGAUAGAUCUUACAUGGUCGUUAUGCCUCAUCCAGGGACUUUCCUGUUCCUGACGCUCCGGUCUGCAAGGUGAUUUUUUUCCCCUCGAAACCAGAGGUAGGGAUCCUGCCGAAAGCAGAGGAUAAUUUUAUCGUCACAACGCAGAUAUCGUGUUGCGAGGUGGCCUGCGGUCGACUGAGAAAGAA